GGAGAAGGCCUGGUUCAGAGCAGAACACAACCCCCCAUUUCUGUACUGAAAAUGGGAAGAGGAGGAAGGGGGCCUUCAAUGGCCUCUCUCAUUGCCACUCUUCUGGUGGUUACCAUUUCCCUAAGCUUGCCUUCUGAAACCUCUGCAAACUACCAUUACUCAUCUCCUCCACCGCCUUACUACUACAAGUCCCCACCUCCCCCUCCACCUGUUUACAAGUAUAAGUCUCCGCCACCACCUCCUCCGGUCUACUCCCCACCACACCACCCACCAUACAAGUACAAGUCUCCACCACCGCCGCCGCCGGUUUACAAGUACAAAUCUCCACCCCCACCUCCUCCGGUCUACUCCCCACCACACCACCCACCUUACAAGUACAAGUCUCCACCACCACCGCCGCCGGUCUACUCCCCACCACACCACCCACCUUACAAGUACAAGUCUCCACCCCCACCUCCUCCGGUCUACUCCCCACCACACCACCCACCUUACAAGUACAAGUCUCCACCCCCACCUCCUCCAGUCUACUCCCCACCACACCACCCGCCUUACAAGUAUAAGUCUCCUCCGCCACCGCCACCGGUUUACAAAUACAAGUCCCCACCACCACCGCACAAGAAGCCAUACAAGUAUAAGUCACCUCCUCCUCCACCGUACAAGUACAAGUCCCCACCACCACCACCCAAGAAGCCAUACAUGUACCACUCUCCACCACCACCACCAUAUAAGUACAAGUCUCCACCACCACCUCCUCCGGUCUACAAGUACAAGUCCCCACCACCACCACCCAAGAAGCCAUACAUGUACCACUCUCCACCACCACCACCAUAUAAGUACAAGUCUCCACCACCACCUCCUCCGGUCUACAAGUACAAGUCCCCACCACCACCACCCAAGAAGCCAUACAUGUACCACUCUCCACCACCACCACCAUACAAAUACAAGUCUCCACCACCUCCUCCUCCAGUCUACAAGUACAAGUCCCCACCACCUCCACCGCCCAAGAAGCCAUACAAGUACUACUCUCCACCACCACCACCCUACAUGUACAAGUCCCCACCACCCCCACCUCCUAAAUACCUCUAUGCAUCACCUCCUCCUCCUCACCACUACAAAACAGUUCUAAAAAUGGGUUCCCAAACAGGACCAAGUAAUUCAGGAUUUACUUGGCCGACAGUAGGAAUAAAUGUCUCCGGUGAAUUAAUGGGAAGUGGAGGGAAGGGAGCGAAGGGGUCUUCAAUGGCUUCUCUCUUUGCCACUCUUGUAAUGGUGAUUGUGUAUCUCAGUUUGCCAUCUGGAACCUCUGCUGAUGAAUACGAGUACAAAUCCCCACCACCCUACAAAUACAAGUCUCCACCACCACCUCCUCCCGUUUACAAGUACAAAUCCCCACCACCUCCUCCUCCAGUGCACUCUCCACCCCCACCACCACCACCUUACAAGUAUAAGUCUCCGCCACCACCCCCACCAGUUUACAAGUACAAAUCCCCACCACCACCAUCACCACCUUACAAAUACAAGUCUCCACCACCACCACCUUACAAGUACAAGUCUCCACCACCACCACCUUACAAGUACAAGUCUCCACCACCUCCUCCACCAGUUUACAAGUACAAAUCCCCACCACCACCAGUUUACAAGUACAAAUCCCCACCCCCACCACCUUACAUGUACAAAUCCCCGCCACCACCUCCUCCAGUUUACAAGUACAAGUCUCCUCCACCACCACCUCCCAAAUACUACUACUCUUCACCCCCUCCCCCUCCCCCUCACCACUACUAGAGUGGUUCUGCUGCAUGCAAUCAUUAAGGUUGGAAGUUGGAACGAAGAAGAAGACGAAUAUCAAAAAUAAAUAAAAGGAAGGGUUGCUGCUCUCCAUGUUUGAUUCAUGUUGUAAUCUUAGACACGAAUAAUAAAGCAGUUGGCCUGCAUUUUCAUGCAUUCACAUGGCUGAAUUGCAGUUACACUGCUUCAUGUACUUUAGUGUUCUCCGUGUUAGAGAAAUAGUAUUUGAUAUUUAUACGUGUAGAUUUCAACCUUUUUGCAUUGCCGGGUUGACUUUAUAAUAAAAUAAAUUUCUCAAA